UUGAGAAAGAAUUGCAACAAUGAUCAUGUUUGGCUUUCAAAACUGCUUCAUGUUCAUCAUCCUAUGCUUCCUCUCAUUCCUCUGUUACUAUCUCUUUGUCAAGAAACCGAGCAGCUCAAGAAGUGGCUUCGAUGAUCUGCCUCCCAGCCCUCCUUCUCUCCCAAUCAUUGGCCAUCUUCACCUCCUCCUCUCUACUCCAACCCACAAGGCUCUUCAGAAACUCUCAUCCAAGUACGGACCUCUCUUCCAUCUCCGCAUCUUCAACAUUCCCAUGGUCAUCGUCUCCUCCGCCUCCGUGGCUUAUGAGAUAUUCAGGGCGCACGACGCCAACAUCUCCUCUCGUGGCCCCCCUCCCAUAGACGACUCUCUUUUCGCAGGAUCUACAAGCUUUAUCUCCUCUCCCUAUGGAGAUCACUGGAAGUUCAUGAAGAAGGUUCUCGUCACAAAGCUGCUCGGACCACAGGCACUAGAGCGGUCAAGAGACGUUCGUGCAGAUGAGCUGGACAGGGUUUAUGCAAGGCUGCUUGAUAAAGCGAGGAAGGAAGAGAGUGUUGAGAUCAUUAAAGAAGUGGUAAAUCUCACAAAUAAUAGCAUAUGCAGGAUGAUCAUGGGGAAGAGUUGUUCCGAGGAGAACGGUGAGGCGGAGAGAGCCAGAAGCGUGGCUAGCGAAUCUCUUGCCUUGGGAAAGAAGAUAGUAUUGGGGUCCUUGUUGCGCCCACGGUUUAAGCAUCUUGUAAUGUUACUGAUUAAAAAGGAAAUGAUGGUUGUUUCCAACAAGUUUGAUGAGCUGUUCGAAAGGAUUCUUGUGGAACACGAAACUAAACAGGACGGACAUCAAGAAACAGACUUGAUGGAAGCGUUGUUGGCUGCUUAUGGAGACGAUACGGCAGGGUACAAGAUCACUAGGAAACAUAUCAAGACAUUGCUCGCGGAUCUUUUAUUUGCAGGCACAGACUCUUCAGCGCAAGCAGCACAGUGGGCAAUGGCGGAGAUUAUUAAAAACCCUAACGUUCUCAAGAGACUGAGAGAAGAAAUCGAUUGCCUUGUAGGUCAAGGCACAAGAUUAAUUCAUGAAACUGACCUACCAAAUCUUCCUUACCUACAAGCCGUUGUCAAGGAAGUACUAAGACUGCACCCGCCAGGAACUGUCUUUGGAAGGAUCUCUCAAAAAGGGUUUAGGAUGGGAGAGUACUACAUACCGGAGGAGACAUCAUUUGCUAUCAAUGUUUAUGCUAUAAUGAGAGAUCCUGAUUUGUGGGAAGAUCCUGAUGAGUUUAAGCCAGAGAGGUUUCUUCAAGAUUCUUCAAGAACGGCUGAAGAGGAAGAGGAAGAGAGAAGAGAGCAAGCACUCAAGUAUAUUCCUUUCGGCGGCGGAAGGAGAGGCUGUCCUGGAUCAAACCUAGCUUAUGUCUUUCUAGGAACAGCUGUUGGAAUGAUGGUGCAGGGAUUUGACUGGAGAAUCGAAGGAGGUGAUAAAGUUAGCAUGGAAGAAACUGUUUUAGGACUGAGCUUGACCAUGGCUCAUCCUCCUAAGUUCAUUCCUGUUGCUCGAACCGCACGCCCUUUAACUUCGAAAUGCUCGUGCGUCUUUGAUUGAGUGGUCUGCAAGAUUGUUCAAGUGAUAAGGAAGCUUUGUUUUUGUUAUUAUGUUUGGGUGUGUGUGUGUCGUCCAAGUCGUCCAGGUGAGUUGGUUAUCUUUGGUUGAGUUUGGUUUAUUGUGUGAAACCGUAUUGUUUCCGGUUUUAGUCUUGUCAUGUUUCCCGGUUUUCUGUGGUUUAUUUUAGUUUGGUUCAUUGUAUUGUUCAAAGUUUGAAUACUACAGUAAUGAAUAAGACUAAGAGUGUUGUUUGUU